AUGUCUGGUAUACUAUGGUCUUUAGUCGGCAAGAGAGUCCUCGCCGAGUCUGCAAGGAAUCACUUUGGAACCGAAGACCCUUACUUUGAAGAUGUUCCCGCCUCACGCCUGGGGAGAGCCUUUGGCAAGAAGACUCAAAAGCGUCGCAAGGCUAUCCCGCCUGGCUUAUCGGAGAAAGAUGCCAAAAUCCUAACUCAGGUCAAGCGCAGGGCGUACCGCCUCGACUAUUGCCUGUUUAAUCUGUGCGGGGUCCGCUUUGGCUGGGGAAGUGUGAUUGGUCUUGUGCCCUUCGUCGGAGACGCCGCAGAUGCCGCACUUGCCAUGAUGGUUGUGAGAAAUUGCGAGGAGAUCGAUGGUGGACUCCCAUCUCGUCUGCGCACGAUGAUGCUUGUCAACGUGAUAAUCGACUUCUUCAUCGGCCUGGUUCCGUUCAUCGGCGACAUUGCGGAUGCCGUGUACAAGUGCAAUACCAGAAACGCCGUGAUCCUCGAAAAGCACCUGCGGGAACAGGGUGCUAAGGCGCUCAAGAAACAGGUUAAACGACAAGAGCGACCGGCCAUCGAGAACGAACGAGAAGAACGAGUCAUCGACCACAGUCUUCCUGAGGAAUGGGACAAGCAGGAGAGCGGUGUGGUAGGGAACUCGCCGCCCGGCUAUCGCGAGCAGGAAAUGUCAGGAGGUCAACAUGGAGUCAAUGCUGGCAGCCGGCCAGCCAGCUCCCCGUGCGCAAAAAAGUCCCGUAAUAGUCGUGGCCCUAGCUGGUGGUUUGGCGGAUCACGCCAUCGCGAGGAGGACCUGGAGCGAGGAGGAUGA